AUGGAUGACGCCGCGCUGCCAGAUAUCGUGGACACAAUCCUGUGUCUGGUCCACUCUCUGACAACCCUGAAGCUUGCCAGGCCGUUAUUGAGGGGCAAUAAAACUACAAGGGCGGCUUAUCAGGCGCCCGCCAUCAUACGACCGGUACUCGCGGUUGUCACGGUCAUUCGCAAGGAUCCUUGGAUGCAUGGAGCUGUCGUCAAACUACUACAUGCUUUUCUGUACACCAGGUUUCUCAUCUUCGCCUCUAAGAGAAUCAGGUUGACGAAGGUUCAAUCUCAAGCCACAAUAUACGCCCAGUCUGUCUUCCUAGGUGCUAUCUUGGCUAUAGAGUCAUCUGGGCUGCCUGGAGGGGUGGCAGUCUACAUUGCCUCGGUUGGUUUCGUAAUGGUCCUGAAUCGAUUUGUAUCCAACCAUUUAUGUCGAUCACCAGAAGCAGUAAAGUCUUCCCCGCUAUUUGAUCAACUUUUAGCACGAUCUUUCUUGUGGAUUGGACCGGCUGAUCUUAACAGCAUCAAGGCUCAUCAACCUUCAGCACUUGCAUCCUCUGCAGACGAUGAAUAUGCCAAUGACAAUGCCGCUGGCGAAGACCAAAACUUCUUCCAAACUCUCAAGUUAUUGAAGCGAUAUUAG